CUCUCAGUUGCCUGUUGGGGGCAUUGUUGCCGGAAAUUCAAGUAGGCAGUGCAGAAUCGUUUACGGAUCUUACAUAGAAAGUUUUAUUCGUGCAUGUUUAUAAAAGAAAAUACUUUCUGUCUUAAUCUUUUUUUCCCCUAUCUCUUCAAUUACUCUUGGCAAGCAGUGUAUUAGAAAAAAUAUGUUUUCUUCCCUCGUUCUUUGUCUGUUUUCCCGGAAGGGUAACUUGCUUUUGAGUUUACAGAUCCGGAAAGCGAUUUUGUCAAGAAGAGAUUGAAGGCGGGAAAGAAAGAGAGGGAGGGGGGGUGGAUUGAUCUACCAAAACAGCCUACUUUCCAGUGUAGCUCCCACCAAGUAGAUCAGGAAAAUGCUAGGAGAAUUUGGUAUGUCUCAGUGUCAUCAGGAGGCUCUAAAGAAACACCGUGUUAUUCUGGCUAAACAGCUGGUACCUGGAGAGUUGCUUCAGCACUUAUUGGCAGCUGAUAUAUUAACGGAUGAGAUGGUAGAGAAAAUUAUGUCAAAUGGAACUACCUAUAGCCAGAAUGUGGAACUUCUAUCCCUUUUGCCAAAACGUGGCCCUUCAGCAUUCAAAGAAUUCUGCUUAGCUCUGGUGGAAACUAAACAAGAGCACUUGGAACAUAUGAUCCAGAUGCAAGCCAAGUUUAAAAAACAGAUAUCAGAUCUUCCAUUGCCAGUUCAAGAAGAAAAUGGCCAUCGACCCAAGAGAGCACGUAAGGAUGUGGCCAUGGAGUUCAGUUUGGAUAGUGGAGAUGGCCCAGUACCCCAUUUUGUUCAGCCUUGCACUGAUGGUUUUUAUCAAAAAUUACACAGACAGGCAUAUCGGAUGCAGUCUCUGCCUAGAGGUCAAGCUCUUAUUCUAAGCAAUACUGAUUUUGACACUAAUGUCACUGAGCUGGACCCACGACCUGGUGGAAAAGAGGAUGAAUCAACUCUGUGUCAUUUGUUCACUGAACUGAGCUUCCAAGUCACAUUGAUUUGCAAUAAGUCUUCACAGGAUAUGAAGAACAUUUUGGUUCAGUUCUCAAGACAUAAAGAUCAUCAAUCUGCUGAUGCUUGUAUUGUUGCACUUCUCUCACAUGGAAUAGAGGGGGCAGUUUAUGGAGUGGAUGGUGAAUUGCUAAAGCUUGAUGAUGUGUUCAGUUUUUUUGACAAUGCAAGCAGUCCUAACCUGCAGAACAAACCAAAAAUGUUCUUUAUCCAAGCUUGUAGAGGAGAAAUGCCUGAUGUAGGAGUAGACCAAUUGGAUGGUUCAGAGCGAGCAGAGUCACCAGGCUGUGAACAGAGAGAUGCUGGUAUAUCAAAGCCACAGAAACCUCGCCUUCCAACACAGUCAGACAUGAUUUGUGGAUAUGCUUCUCUUAAAGGAACUGCUGCUCUUAGGAACACAAAACAAGGAUCGUGGUUUGUUCAGGCACUUAAUAUUGUGUUUUGUCAGCGAGCAAAAGACAGACAUGUUGCAGAUAUGUUAGUUGAGGUCAAUGCUCUAAUCAAGAGCAGAGAAGGAUAUGCUCCUGGAACCGAGUUUCACCGUUGUAAGGAAAUGUCAGAGUUCACCAGCUCCCUCUGCAAAGAUCUCUAUCUGUUUCCUGGACAUCCCCAAGCCAACAGUUAAAAACAAAUAGGAAUGGACACUUGCGCAUUAAGUGACUUUUUUUGCAUAUAGGAACCUUUCUAAUUCUCUUGCUUACAGUCUUUUCAUAGCAGUGAGUAAAAUCAAUAUGCGUGGAACCACCUCCUUCUGCCUCCACUGCGGUGCUCCACUCUGUGCAGUAUCAGGAAACAAUCAUUCUCUGUUGAGAAUUACUAUAAUCUUUUAGACUCCGAUUCUUAGCAGUGACACGGUAGAGUAUGUGUAAUUACUGGUAGUUUCUAUUUUUUUAAUGUUUUUUUAAUAGUGUCACUUUUUUCUUUUACUAUGCAGAGUGUAUAGUUUCUGCUGCUAUUCCAAAGUUUUUACCAACAUGUAGUACCAUCUGUUCACCAGCAGAUGUUGCUGUGUGCCAUGGAAGCAAAGUUAUACAAAAAAUGUAAAUGUGUACUCCAAUAUUGUGGGGCCCUCUAAUAGACUUUCAUUUUGUUUUUAAUUAUUAAUACAACAUCCACUAUAAGAAAGCUUUACAACAUACAACAUUGAAAUUUGUAGUUUCUUAAAAAAUAUAUAAUAUUUAAAUGCAACAUUUUCUUAAGUAUGUUGCUCCUCAUCAUGUCAGGUUUUCAUGUAUUACUAGUUUUUGGUUUUUUUUCCUAUGCUAAUUGCAUUACAUAUUCAAACAUACAAAUUUAAGUUCAGACACAUACUUGGUGGCCCCGAGAGUUAAUUUUACCAUUGAAAACCACACAUACACAUUUAGUAGCAAUCCCCGACUUCAAGAAACAUUGGAUUGUUCAUUCAGAAUGAUGUAUUUUUUCAGAGUAUUACUCAUUUUGCUUCUGAUUAGUAUUUUUGGUGGGAUUUCAUAACACCAACUUUGACACUGCCAUCUGUAAAUUAUCACUGCCAAAAUUGUUUUUUUUUAAUAAAGUUGACUUCAUUUUUCUAUUUAA